CAGAGGAUGCCCAUGCAUUUCUUCAAGGAUCCCGAGUUCAUACGGCAGUACGACCGCCUCCGACCCCUGGUGGACUGGACUCGCUUGUCGGCACGAGGCAAGCGCAAGAGGCACAAGGAGCUGAUGUUCGAGGCCGCCAAGUUUGUGCGCAACUUGCGGCUGCAGCGCCCGCUAGGCGAGACCAAGCUGAUGGUACGUCGUUCGAUGUCAAGGGCGGUCUGGCGCGACGACGUGGUGCUCGGACGUCGGCUACUUCAAUCCUGUGAGCUCGCCCGCACUUGCCUCAGUGUGACAGAGACGGAGGUAAAUCUUAUUCAUCCCCCGACCUUCGCCAGGGACUUCGCUCAGGAGCAGCAGUUGCAUUUCGAGGCGCGGUCGGCGGCGCUCGACGAGCGGGAGAAGAAGGCCUUCGACAGCACCUCGUUCAAGGCAGUCAAUGCCCUCCGCAGGAAGUUCAUUCGUCGGGCGGCCCUGUGGGCUCCCUUCGGUCGCUCGCUCAAGCUGCAGGGCGUCAGCGUGCCUGCGGAGGGUGGCGGUGUCCAGGUUCUCCACGGCCAGGAGGACAUGAUGGGGGCGCUUCGUGAUCAUUGGGCCCCCAUCUUCCAGGCCAAGACGCAGGUCGACGGGUGGGGGAGCCUGGCCGAGCGCUUCAUGAAGGAGCACGCCCCGAAGCUGGCG